AUGAAAACAUCAACAUCACGAUCAAAAUUUCUUUUAUGGCCACUUCUGGCCUCGACCACUGCUGUCGGUAAAGUUAUUCAUUCCGGGGGAAGUGGCGGUGUCGCAACAGGUGUGACACGGGACCCGAAAACUGGUGAUUUGGUCGUUGUCGGAACGAUUUACGAGGAAUCCUUUUGGGACAUGGACGCGGCCAAUGGCAAGCCAACUUCGUGUUUCAUGGUGACUGGAAACUUCACCAAGGCUCACUUUGAACGUCAAGCAGUCCAUACACCAGAACUGUGCUUUGGAGAUGUUGUCGUGGUCGACCAAGGAGACUUGCAAAGUCAAUCUGUCGUUACCGGAACUUCGGCGGGCAUGUCAGAUUUGGUCACAUUGUAUGACUACGAACAUUUGGAGCACACCUAUGCCCUUUCCAAGGAAUACUACCCCGUGACCAUGAGUCAUAAUGAGGGAGACAAGGUCAUUGUUGGCUUUCACCAAUACAAGGGUCUGCCCUUUGAGGGAGAUGUCGGGAAUGAACAGGGAUUGAACCUUAACGACUUGAUCAAGUUCUGGGAUCGCCUGAAAACUCCCAAUCACAUGACAUCUACAGUAAGUCGAUUGACCAAGAUGAGCACCAACACUGGACGUGUGCAUUUUGACAAGCACCUCAAAACACAUUUUGGUGUCACAACGAUUGCCAAGAUUGUGCACCUGAAACAUCAAAAUCGAUUUAUGGUGGCAGGAUCUACCACUGGAAGUGGAGAACACAUUGGCGCCUACCCCCGAGACAAAAUUGAUUGGGACGGUUACGUUGCUAUCUUCGAUGAAACGACUGGAGAAAUUGUCUUUGGAGGAGCUGAUAAUCGCAUUCAGUCUGAGGAGGAAGCUGAUGACUUUGUCCAUUCGAUCUGUACCCACAAGGAAUAUGUCUUCAUUGUCGGUGUGACUGAAGGUACCAUAGCCGAUGACGCUGAACAGCAAGGCGGAGCAUUUGUGAUAAAGAUGGACACCAAGACUCUUGAAGUCAAGUGGAAGAAGCAAAUCCAAGGAUCCUAUGAUAACCUUCGGUGUGAAGCUCACUAUCGCGGAGUCUUUGUUGGUGGCAUGCAAAUGGUGAAGGAAGCCGAGACUGGUAAAAUCGUAAGCGAUGUCUUUGUGAGCCGGUUUGAUUACACUGGAGAUCAGAUGUGGGCUCAAAAGCUAGAUUCCGAACUGGUCACCCACGAGCGGGGAGACGACGUCUUGGUGGACUUGGAUGUCAGCCACGACGGCAAAGAAUUGAUUGCCUUGAUGAAUACACGAGUACUUCACCGUGGCGAGAACAAAGUCAUGUUGGUCGACAUUGAUAUUCACACUGGCGAGAGUGACCUAUCUCGUGACAUUAUCUUGACAGCUCAACAAGUCGACAUCAUCAGCGACGAUAGCAACACCGGGCAUUUGCAAGUUUUCUGGUGGUUGAGUGCUGUAUGUGGGGCUGGUCUGUUGUUUCUUCUCAAUGGCAAGAGACGGCAAUACAUGAGAGAGAAGCAUGCUCGAGAUAAAGCCUUGGCCGAAUGUGACUACGAGAACAACUUGAAGAAGUGGAUGGAUGAUGACGAAAUUUUUGAUUACGAUCAAGAUGGCUUGUACCGAUCCGAAUUAGCCGAUAAGAAACAUCUCAAGUUGAAGCCCAACGUCAGGGGGGACCUCCGUGGCUUUGGCGCCGGACUAAUGAGUUCUGCAGACAGAAGAUUCUACGAUGUGGAAAUGUAUUAA